UUCGCAAAGGAGAGGAUUGUUCGGCACUAUCAAUACACGGACUGGAGAGAUUUCGAUGUCCCACCGUCUCCUCUGCCUGUUCUGGUCUUCGUCAAAACAACCAUCAAGGAAUGGACUCCCUCACGAGGUCCCAUCAUUGUCCAUUGCAGUCACCACACAAGAACUGCACGUUCUCAUUUGAGUGCAUGGGAGCUCUUUGUUGAAGCUCACAUGUGUGGCGACGGUGCUAGUGUGGCCUUCACAUCCGGUGACCAUCUCUUGGCAUCCUUCACCGGUUAG